UAAAACCGAAUCUCUUUCUUUUCUUUGUAUACACACAGAAGCCGGAAGGAAAAAUAUUUGCCAUAUUGAUUGCCCUUCGAAAUCAAAAUUAGAGACUCAGGAGGAAAAAGUGUGCAAAUCCUAAAAUGACUCUCUUGCAUGUGCACUUAUAUUUUACUGCUUCGGUCUUCUGGAUGAUGCAGAAAUCCAGCUCCUACAUGCUGCCCAAUACUACUGAGGUCCUUUACCCAACCAGUAGCACUGAGGCAGGCCAUACAUCUGGCCUGGGUGUACCAAGGACUCGCAGGAAACGUUAUAUUUCCCCCCGGGAUAUGAGCGCGCUUUUGGACUACCACAACCAAGUGCGGGCACAAGUGUCUCCACCAGCGUCUAAUAUGGAAUAUAUGGUGUGGGAUGAGAGGCUUGCCAGAUCUGCAGAAGCCUGGGCAAAACAGUGUAUAUGGGACCAUGGACCUCCACAACUGAUGAAAUUCAUUGGUCAAAACCUUGCCAUUCACUCGGGCAGGUACCGUUCAGCUUUGGACCUUGUGAAAUCUUGGUAUUAUGAGAAGCACCAUUACUCCUUCCCUUCCAAAUGCAGCGGCCCUGUCUGCACCCAUUAUACCCAGAUGGUGUGGGCUUCUAGCAACCGAAUUGGCUGUGCCCUCCAUACGUGCACUAACAUCAAUGUGUGGGGCAGCACGUGGCCCCGAGCAAUCUACUUAGUGUGCAAUUAUGCCAUCAAGGGAAACUGGGUAGGAGAAGCACCUUACAAAAUGGGGAGACCUUGCUCAGCCUGCCCACCUAGUUACGGAGGAACCUGCAGCAACAACAUGUGUUACUCAGGACUCAGAUCCAAUAAAGUGAGCUGGUUCUGAACUAGGCAUACGGGCUCUGAGCGCCAGCACAGAUCCUCUGGAAAUGACAGAACCGCAGAAGCAUGGCACAGUGUACAGCAAAUUGUAAAAUAAGUUGAUUAUUUAUGCACAUGAAGUCUUGGGCUGCUGCUCUUUCCCUUUCAUUUGGAACCUUUCCCAUAGAUUAAUAAAGUUUCAAGUAUAUUUCUUCUCAUGACUAUAUACAGGUAUAUCUAUAUAUAUAAAGGGCCUGCAUUUGCAAUAGAUUUCUAUAGGGGAAAGGUUCUUAAACUUUGCUGUAUUUGUGUGUUCUUACAAUAUAUUUUUUUACAUUGUACCCACCACAUGGAAGCCCAUUUCAAGGGCUUCUCGGUUUUUGUUUAUGUCAAAACAACUAAUUGCUCUGGUGCUGCUUCACUCAGUGUUCCUUGCAGCUAGAAAACAAAUCAGCACAUUUUCAAGGUAAAAGCAGUGUUGGAAACUCCCACUGUUCUAGGCACAUUUUGCGACAGGGAAUUUCAUUAGUGCACAGUACAGCGCCUAAGAUUUCAGAUUAAA